AUGGCGCCGAAAUUGUCGAAUUCGGGGUCGUUUCGUCACGGUUUGGCGGAGAAGAAGGAGAGGCUUCUCUCGGAGAAGGGUAGUAAUAAUAUUUCUCAGAUGGGGAUUGGAAUGGGGAGGAUGCAAGAAGAAGAACACUGGUGGGCCGUGCAGUGGUGGAACAAGGUUAAACAAGGGGCGGAGAAGGCAUGGGAAAUGGGUUGCUCUGAUCCCAGAAAGGCUAUUUUCUCUGUAAAAAUGGGUCUUGCUCUGACCCUUAUUUCGUUUUUGAUUUUCCUCAAAGAACCCUUCAAGGAUAUGAGUCGCUACACCGUCUGGGCCAUUCUAACUGUCGUCGUAGUCUUUGAAUUCAGCAUAGGGGCAACUCUGAGCAAAGGUUUUAACCGAGGAUUGGGAACUUUGUCAGCUGGAGGACUUGCUCUGGGGAUGGCAGAGUUAUCUGAACUGGCUGGAGAUUGGGAGGAGCUUAUAAUUAUUAUAAGCAUCUUCACUGUAGGAUUUUGUGCCACCUAUGCAAAACUAUACCCUACUUUGAAGGCUUACGAAUAUGGGUUCCGUGUGUUCUUGAUCACAUAUUGUUUCAUUACUGUAUCUGGGUAUCGAACAGGGGAAUUUUUAGAUACAGCUGUAAAAAGAUUUUUACUUAUUGCACUUGGUGCUGCUGUAUCUUUGGGAGUAAAUAUCUGUAUAUACCCUAUCUGGGCUGGUGAGGACCUGCAUAAUCUUGUCACGAAAAAUUUCAUGGGUGUUGCAACAUCUUUGGAAGGUGUUGUGAAUCACUACCUUCAUUGUGUUGAAUAUAAAAAGGUGCCAUCUAAAAUUCUUACUUACCAAGCUGCUGAUGACCCAGUUUACAAUGGCUAUAGAUCGGUUGUUGAAUCUACAAGUAAAGAAGAUUCAUUGAUGGGAUUUGCUGUCUGGGAACCACCACAUGGUCGUUACAAAAUGCUCAGAUAUCCAUGGAAGAAUUAUGUGAAACUAAGCGGGGCUCUAAGACAUUGUGCAUUUAUGGUCAUGGCUAUGCAUGGAUGCAUACUUUCUGAAAUACAGGCCCCAGCUGAGAAGAGACUAGUUUUCCGUAGUGAAAUUCAAAGGGUAGGUGGUGAAGGGGCAAGAGUGUUGCGUGAACUUGGAAACAAGGUUAAAAAAAUGGAGAAACUAGGUCGAGGAGACUUGCUGUUUGAGGUGCACGAAGCAGCAGAGGAAUUGCAACAGAAGAUUGAUAAAAAAUCAUACCUUCUUGUGAAUUCAGAGACCUGGGAAAUUGGAAACCGUCCAAGAGAGGAUGAGGAGAGUGAUCGUCAAGAACAGGGUCUCUUCAACAUGGAUGAAGAAAGAAAAUUUCUUGAGUACAAGUCUCUUAGUGAAGCAGUACUUGAUCUGAGAACAGUUGAAGUUCCACAUUCUUGGGAAGGAAAAGUAACUUUAGGCGAUAGCCCUGCUAUGUCUGCAACCGAUGCCUCUCCAAACAUGUUCAGGAAAGGUAUAACUUGGCCCGAUCAUAUUUACCACAAAUCAAAUCCAGUAGCCAAAGAAGGUCAAGAAUCAAAAACCUACGAAAGUGCUAGCUCACUGUCACUAACAACAUUUACGUCGCUUCUGAUUGAAUUUGUGGCAAGGCUUCAAAAUCUGGUUGAUUCAUUCGAGGAGUUGGGUGAAAUAGCAAAUUUUGUUGACCCAGUUGAGCAACAAGCACAAGUAGCAUCACCUGGGUUUUGGACCAGGUUGUGUAACCGCUUAAAAUUCAAGGACUGA